AUGACAGCUAACCAAAAAGACAAUACUCGUAUACAUUCUUCAAUAAAAAGACCUAGAGCGCCUAUUGCAUGUUAUCGAUGUCACCAUAAAAAGGUUCGAUGUGACGGCAUUCAUCCCAAUUGUACACGGUGUCUCUCUACAGGUGUCUUAUGCGCUUAUCCAAGUUCUCGUCGAUCUCGUAAUACGCAACCUACCAAUAUCGAUCCAUUUAUUGAUAAUUUAUCACAACUCGAAGUCCGCAUCAGACGCAUUGAAAAUGAUCUUGAAGCCAUACGUUCCCUUGCUCAACAAAACGACCCAGAUCAACUCAACACCCGUAUGUCCAAGACAGAAAAAGACCUUCAAGAAUCACGGUCUAUUGUAGCUCAACUUCGAUUAAAAGGAGAACAAAGAGUAGCUCGUGGAAAAAGAGCGGCUAAUACUGCUAGAGAAACAAAAGGAGUUGGACCAAAGCCAAAGUCAAAACUUAAAAAAGACCCAUCACCACCACCACCACCGCCACCAUUGCCAUCAGCAGUACAAUACCCCUUUUUCUCAAGCAAUGAAUUUAUGCAUUCCUAUUUCCCUACAUUUCCUAACACGUUCAUGACAGAGGAAGGAUGGCCACUUUUAAAUACAUCAGCGAACCAACAAGAAUUGAACGCAUUAGUAGACCCAAUGAUCAUUGCUGCUGCUGUAGAAGCUCAACAACAACCGAUGUUAUCUAAUUAUCUACAAGACUCAAGAACUAAAUCAUUAGAAUCUCCUCAUCUACUUGUACUUCAACCCUCUUCGUCUUCUACUUCUACAGCCUCUACACACACUUCAUUUGGUUAUUCUCAACCCUUUUGUACACCUUUUAUGGAUAAUAUGAUUUAA